AUGGUCAAAGACACAAAGUUCUACGAUAUCCUGGGGGUAGCGCCAGACUGCGCCGAGUCACAACUAAAGACGGCGUACAAGAAGGGAGCGCUCAAGUGGCAUCCCGAUAAGAACGCCCACAACCCCGAGGCCGCCGACAAGUUCAAGGACCUCUCCCACGCAUACGAAGUUCUCUCAGACCCCCAGAAGCGCCAAAUAUACGACCAAUAUGGCGAGGAAGGACUCGAGCAGGGCGGUAUGGGCGGCGGUGGCGGCAUGGCAGCCGAGGAUCUAUUCGCACAGUUCUUCGGCGGCGGCGGCGGUCCCUUUGGUGGCAUGUUUGGCGGCGGUAUGGGCGGCGGACGCGAACAAGGACCCAAGAAGGCGCGCACAAUCUCGCACGUCCACAAGGUCUCGCUCGAGGACGUCUACCGCGGCAAGGUCUCCAAGCUCGCCCUACAGAAAUCCGUCAUCUGCCCCAAGUGCCACGGCGCGGGCGGCAAGGACGGCGCCGUCAAGAAGUGCGCCGGCUGCGACGGCCGCGGUAUGAAGCACAUGAUGCGCCAAAUGGGACCCAUGAUCCAGCGCUUCCAAACCGUCUGCCCCGACUGCCAGGGCGAAGGAGAAAUCAUCCGCGACAAGGACCGCUGCAAGCAGUGCAACGGCAAGAAGACGAUAAUCGAGCGCAAGGUGCUGCACGUCCACGUCGACCGCGGCGUCAAGUCCGGCCACAAGAUCGAAUUCCGCGGCGAGGGCGACCAGCUCCCCGGCGUAGAACCCGGCGACGUAGUCUUCGAAAUCGAGCAGAAACCACACGCGCGCUUCCAACGCAAAGACGACGACCUCUUCUACCACGCCGAAAUCGACCUCCUGACCGCGCUGGCCGGCGGCCAGAUCCACAUCGAGCACCUCGACGAGCGCUGGUUAACCGUCGACAUCAUCCCCGGCGAAUGCAUCUCCCCCGGCGAAGUCAAGGUCAUCCGCGGCCAGGGCAUGCCGUCGUACCGCCACCACGACUUCGGCAACUUGUACAUCCAGUUCGACGUCAAGUUCCCGGAGCGCCUCGGUAACAACGAGGACGGCGGGCCCAUGUCCCCCGAACAGAUUCGCGCCCUGGAGUCUGUGCUGCCGCCUCGUAAAGUACCGGAGUCUAUGCCGCCGGCUGAUGCUAUGACCGAGGACUUUACGCUCGAGGAUGUUGAUGCUGGGGGUGAGGGCCAGCGCGCGAGGGGUAUGGGCGGUAUGGAGGAUGAGGAUGAUGAUAUGCAUCCGGGGGCUGAGCGCGUGCAGUGUGCGUCUCAGUAA